UUCUUUAUUUUCGUAAAUAUAAAUGAUAACGAAAUUUCGAUCCCUUGGCUUCUUCAAAUCUCCUCUCUACUUCUGCAAAACCCUAAACUACUCUUCGAUGGCGGAAGUAGAGAACAACGUUAACGCUGCACCGGUCUCAGACGACGAACUCUACGGAUUUAAACGGCAGGAGAUGUACACCGGCACACUCGCCGGCUCCGUUGCUCCGUACGGUCGCCACGUUUUCCUCUGCUACAAGAGUCACGAGACCUGGCUUCCUCGCGUCGAAGCCGAAGGUCUUCCGCAGCGUUUCGCUAAGUCUUUCAAGGAUCGUAGAGCUGAUUUCGCUGUUAAGACGAACUUGACGGUGUGUGGUGGAGGUGAAUCGGAUGGAGAUGUGUUGAUUUUCCCUGAGAUGAUCAGAUACAAGGCGAUUAAGGAGACUGAUGUGGAUGCUUUUGUGGAAGAUGUGCUUGUUAAUGGGAAACCGUGGACCUCUGGGGUUCAGGAAGAGUUAUCAGGUUCCUUUGUGUUUGUGUGUGCUCAUGGAAGCCGGGACAAGAGAUGUGGUGUUUGUGGACCAGCUCUUAUGGAGAAGUUUGACCAGGAGAUUGGCUCGCGUGGACUCUCUGGGAAAAUCUUCGUUAUGCCGUGUUCUCAUAUCGGUGGGCACAAGUAUGCUGGAAAUUUGAUUGUCUUCAGCCCUGAUUCAGCUGGAAAUGUUUCUGGUCACUGGUAUGGCUAUGUGACUCCUGAUGACGUGCCUGCAAUGCUUGAUCAGCAUAUUGCAAAAGGAGAAAUCAUACAAAACCUUUCCAGGGGGAAGAUGGGACUGAUACCCGAGGGUGAGGAAGCUGUAAAAGAGGAUAAGCAUAAAAUUCCAAACGGAAACGGCGUACAAGUGGAGAAUAAGGGAUUCACAGGAGGUUGUUGCCAAGGUGCAAACGGGGUUUCAUGUUGCCAGGAGCAAACUCCAGAACCAGUCAAGAAAGAAGGAUCCGUGAAGAAGAACUGGUUCAGAUCAAUUGAGAAAGAAGAGCUUCUGUUGGGAGCUGCCGCAGUCGGGGCUGUAGCAACCAUAGCCGUGGCUUACAGCAUUUACAGGAAAUCAGGUUAAGAAACCACACUGCUCGAUGACACUACAAGAAGAGGUUACAACAAGUAUGAGACUUUAUUUUUGGUAGCCAUAUUAUAGAAGUAAAGGAAAAGAAAAAUAUGGAGGUAAUAUGAUCUCUUGAAACCACUUAACCAUCAUUUGGUCUGCUGGGUUAUAUCGGUUUGGUAAUACAGGAAUGGCAUGUAUACACUGCCUUUGAAUAAAUAUAUAUGGCAUUUUCCUCCUGAUUUUAUGUGUUUUCGUUUUGGCUUUAAACGAAUCGGUUUAAUUGGCUGUAUAAAUCGAAUUAGACAUGGAUAUAUCAGUUUCUUCUAGUGUAUAUGCGAUUAUGGAUACAAACUAGCUGUUAUA